AUUCCUAGAUAAUGUGUAGUACAAUUACUCCUUUGUAACCAAAAAUACCCUAAUUACUACUUUUUCUCUUUCUAUUGUAAUAACAUACCUUUUUUUUCUUUCUUCAGCUCACAACUUCAGAUCUCUUCUCCAUUUCUUGCAAAUUUCAGGUUGAAGUAAGGAAAUGGUGAGACAAAAAAUUCAGAUCAAGAAGAUAGACAAUUUGACAGCAAGACAAGUGACAUUUUCAAAGAGAAGAAGAGGGCUUUUCAAAAAAGCUCAAGAGCUUUCAACUCUUUGUGAUGCUGAUAUUGGACUCAUUGUUUUCUCUGCUACUGGAAAACUUUUUGAGUAUUCAAGCUCCAGCAUGAUGCAACUGAUUGAGAAGCACAAGAUGCAGUCAGAAAGGGAUGGUAUGGAUAAUCCAGAACAACUGCAUUCUUCUAACAUUCUGAGCGAGAAGAAAACCCAUGCAAUGCUUAACAGGGACUUUGUGGAGAAGAAUCGGGAGUUAAGGCAACUACAUGGAGAAGAGCUGCAAGGACUUGGUUUGGAUGAAUUAAUGAAAUUGGAGAAAUUAGUCGAGGGAGGAAUAAGUCGUGUCCUCAAAAUUAAGGGUGACAAGUUUAUGAAAGAGAUCAGUUCCCUCAAGAAAAAGGAAGCUAAACUCCAGGAAGAGAAUUCACAGUUGAAAAAGCAAUCACAAGCAAGAUUGAAUGAAGAAGGGCAAAAUGUAAUUGAGCAAGGACAUUCAGCAGACUCCAUCACGAACAAUCGCAGCUUAGUCAAUGACUCAGAUACUAGUCUCAAGUUAUGCUUGGCUUUUCCUUAGUGAGCUCCAUCCAUAUGAAAAUGGGAGAUAAUAUAGUUACUCAAACAAGGGCGAGUAAUUUUCUAAUAUUUAUUAUGGAUCAUAAUAUAGUGAAAUGUAUAAAAUUGAUUAGAUUGGUUGAUCAGGCUCCGUUAAAAAAACAUUGGGACCAUAGAGUUCAUUGAGAAUCAAAGGGUCAACAGUCUAAUCAGAGAGUCAUGUGAUAUUUAGCUAGGUGCUAUGUAUUAAUCUAUUUAAAGAAUCAACUUAAAUAUAUGUAUUUAUUAGCAGUAAUUUCUUUGAUUAUUCAAGAAGCACCAAACUUUAAUUAGAA